AUGUGGCAUUUGUUGCAGCCAUUGCAGAAACGACAAAGAACCGUGGAGGAUUUCAAUCAGUUCUGCACCUUCGUUUUGGCCUAUGCAGGCUACAUCCCCUACCCUGAAGAGAAUGAGCCCUGGACCCACGGAGGCAGCAUGAGUCCCCAGAACAGCACAGGGAGCACUCAGGACAGUGAUAGCUGGUCCUCAACCCACUCUUCUGACUGCCACGUCCUGAUGGAUGAUGGGAGGAGCAGGAAGGCCGUGGCCCAGGGGGUUGUGGACAGCAGCCUGCUCAUGAGCUGCCGUCCUUUCCCCACUGGUUUCUAUGAUGUCCGGCCCCAGCAAACCAAACGGAAGAAACCACCGGCAAAGAAACUAAUUUUGGACCAGAAGGUGGAGAAGAGGGUACCACUGAGUGCUGGGGAGGGCUUUGCAGCAGUGCAGGGAGGGGAAAAGGCACUGGCUGUGCUAGAAGGACAGGUGCCUCCUGUGAAAGAGCAGCUCCUGGAGCCUUCUCUCAAGCCAGCUGGUGGCCACCAGCCCGACUGCCUCCUGGAGGAGCUGAUGAAGGAGGAGAAGGACUGGAUGCACGAGGCACAGGGGACUGAGAAGACAUCAGGAGAUGAUUCUCAGCUACAAGAGCACGAACCCUGCUCUGGAGGGAGGAAAAGUCCCAGUUCUUGCAAUGACGAUGCCUGGGAUCUGAUCACCUGCUUCUGCCUGAAGCCCUUUGCAGGCAGGCCCAUGAUUGAAUGUAACGAAUGCGCGACCUGGAUCCACCUCUCUUGUGCCAAGAUCCGCAAAUCCAACGUGCCUGAGGUUUUCAUCUGCCAGCGGUGCCGCGAUGCCAAGCAGGAAAUUCGCCGCUCAAACCGAGCUCGGACGGUGCCCCGCAAGCGCUUCUGUGACUGA